CGGGCCCUUUGUGCCUCUUCCUCCCCGCUUCUCUCGCCUCUACCCUCACCAUGUCCGCGAUUACCCUUGCCAAGCAGGCGUAUUCGGCCUUCAAUCGCGAGAAACCCCGUUCCUCCAUUACAGAAUGGGUAGAGCUUCUGACUGCACCAGGCACCGCAGACGAGGCUUAUGACGGUAUCCCGGAGCUCGUCGAUUCUAUCAAUAUUCAGGCCACUGGGCCUGCUGAAGCAUCUCGUGCAAUUCGAAAGAAGCUGAAGCAUGGGGACACUCACCAGCAAUACAGGGCCCUGGUGAUCCUCAAAGCCCUCGUUGAGAACGGGGGGCACAAAUUUCAAACGUCGUUCGCAGACAGUCAGCUUACCGAUGCCAUAAAGAUGCUUGGCAGCGAUCCAGGCACCGAUCCCAAAGUCAAGAAGAAGCUCCUUGCUGUGCUUGCAUCGUGGAAUGCCGAGUUCAAAGACGACCCCUCGAUGUCGCUCGUUGCGAAUCUCUUCAGUCAAGUUAGGCCUGCUCGUCCUGCUCCUCGCGCACCGCCAGUAAAGCCCUCUCUGGAAGACAACAACUUCACGUUCGAGCGAAGUGAACUCCCUGAUCCACACGAAGCAAGGCGGGUCAAAGAGGAGGAACGGAAGGAAGCUAAGCGUAAGGCAAAAGAGCAGAGGGAGGCGGAUAAAUUACGUCUGAAGAAAAUCGAGGAAGAGCAGCGGCGACGAGUAAAGCAGGGCAAAGAAGGAAAGGGCAAGAGAAAGCCGUUUAACUUUGAAGAGGAGAAGGCUCAAAUCAUGACCGCCAUCGCCAACGCUAGUACCGCUGCCAAUAACCUCGUUAAUGCGAUUACGCUUGUCAACACCGAGCAUGAUAGUUUGACGACAAAUGAACGUGUCCAAGAGUGCCUGGAGAAGGCUAAGCUUGCUCGGAAAGAGAUCGUGCGCUACGUUCAGCUUGUGGAAAAUGAAGAUAUGAUCGGUACCCUCAUCGAGACAAACGACCGUAUCAUCGCUGCGCUCGAGACCUAUGAUACUCUAUCGAAACCAACAGUAUCUGAGAAGGACGUUACAGACGUACAGAAUAACCUGGCUGCCGUGAAGAUCCAAGACUCAGAGCUCGAGAAGCUUCAAGAAAAGCAACGAGCUGCGGUCCAGCGUUCAAUUCGUCGCACGUACAGCCAGAGUGGCAAAGGAAAGGCAGAUGACAACGACCCUUACUCUCGCGGCCGCAACGUACACCCUGACCUACAAGAUCUGAGCUUCGGAGCUCUUGGUGCUGAGAAGAAUAGCAGUCUUCCGCCACCUCUUCGCCCUACAAGCAAGCGCGAUCAGGACGACGACCACUCUUACCGCCGCGGCUCGCUUUCUGACUUCAGCGACUACGAGUCGUCGGACGAAGGAACGCAUCAUCGCGCCUCGACCUCGGCUUCUCGGGGUUACGAUGCUAACUCGUCGAGCGACGAUGUCGAUGUGCGCUAUGACACCCACCAAGGCCCACUAGAUGACGAGGAUCCAUUCGCAGACCCUGUCGACGGCUAGCCCGCUUGGGUUCCGCAUGCAUCUGGAUUGCUCUGCUGACAAUCGAAGAGAGCCGGAAUGUAAGAUAUCAAUGAAAGUCUGAUUUAUACCAUACAUAUAUCUGGUGUAUUCUGUAUGCUUUAUCUUUAACAUAUAGUGUUUUCGUACGAUGG